AUGUCGCUCAGACCCAAGCGUGUGGAGUUUGACGCGACGUUCUCAAAGUUCCGGGAUGAGAUAUCCAACAUGUUUGCGUUCACCAACGUCGGUGGUCAGCUGUCUGGCAUGUUCAUGAUACAAACCGUGUAUGAUCUCUGCACGGCACACCCGAAGCCGCACACGGAUUUGCUUUAUCAGGCGAUAGGGGAGUUCAUUCACGGGCAUGCUUGCUCUGUUUUGGAGGUCAUCGAUGCUCAAGAUGAUGUCGUAUCCGCAUACGCCACCGCGUGGGAACGAUAUCGGGUGGCAUCGCAGUACCUGAACAUCAUAUGCGACUACCUGAAUAAGCUGGUGGUCAAGAUGCGGACGCCGUAUGGCGCUCCUAGGAGAGCAGGGCAUGAUUCCAAGUUCCCGCGGAUGUCGGUGGAAGCCCUUGCAUUCCACAUAUGGAAGGACAAAGUCUAUUUUGGCCUGCAAACACAUUUCGGCAACCGUCUAGUGUCACAGCUCCUCGACAUGAUCCACCGAGAUCGGGACGGCUUUGAGAUCUCUCUCGCGAGUGCCUAUUACUGCAUUUCUUCCUUAGCCUUACUCAACCACCACACCGCAAAACCCCUGCAAUUGUACAUUGAGCAAUUUGAAAAGCCAUACAUAGAACAAACAAAGAUUUAUUAUGCACAAGAGUCGUCGCGGUUUUUGACCCAGAUGUCGAUCGCUUCGUAUAUGGUCAAGGCGAACGAGCGGCUGUCGGAAGAAGACACGCGAUGCAAAAGGCUGCUGGACCCAACAUCAAAUGAUAAGGUAGUCAGACAGUGCGACCAUGAGUUCAUCGAGGUUCAUCAGACGGAGUUGCUCGCGGAGGUUGUGCCGAUGCUUUCUGCUGCACGGAUCAAUGAUGCCAAGCUGCUGCACUCCUUACUCUCACGUGUGGACGGUGGGAUCCCGGCUCUGCUGGAUAUCUUCCGGGACGUCAUUGUCAAAGCCGCAGUUGAGACGACGACGGCGUUGAGUCAGACGUUGGCUAAGGAUCCACGCGUUUACGCAGAAAACCUGAUGGACAUCCAUGCAAAGUACAUGCGAAUGUGUGCCGAAGUGUUCAACGAUGAUCCCAAGUUCACUGCGGCCGUCGACCAGGCAUUCCGAGUGAUCACCAACGACACCAAAAUAACACCAGGAACGAAUGCACCAGAGCUCUUAGCCCGGUACUGCGACGUUUUGCUGAAGAAGAGCGCCAAGGGUUUGACGGAGGAUGAAGUGGAGAAGCGGCUUGGGCAGAUGAUCGUGCUGUUCAAGUACAUCGACGAUAAAGACGUCUUCCAGAAGUUUUACUCUCGGAUGCUGGCCAAACGCCUGAUUCACGGCACGUCGAUAUCGGAUGAGGCGGAAUCCAACAUGAUUACGCGGUUGAAGAUUGCGUGCGGAGUAGAGUUCACUACAAAACUGCAACGGAUGUUCACGGACACGGCGUUGAGUGCGGAUCUCAAUACCGCGUUUUCGCAGUUUGCUGCGACCACCGGGAUCAAAGCAGGAGUGGAUAUGCAGAUUAUGGUGUUAACGGCCGGAUCAUGGCCCUUAAGUGGCACCUCUGCCACAGAGUUCGUGCUUCCCUCGGAGCUCGAAAAAAGCAUAACACAAUUCACAAACUACUACGCGAAACACUUCACCGGCCGGAAACUCACAUGGCUGCAUCAUCUCGCCCGAGCGGACGUGAAGCUCAACAACUUCGAUAAGCGCUACGAGCUUGCUCUCACGCUGUACCAAACCGGGGUGUUAUUGUUGUUCAACAAUGUGACGAAACUGACUGUGGCGGAGAUUAAGGAGCAGAUUAAGCUUGGGGAUGCCGAUGUUGGGCGGAUUGUUAAGGGCUUCGUAGACCUCAAGCUACUGUUAUACGAUGAAACCACCGCGUCCUACACCAUCAACGACAAGUUCACCAACAAACGCAUAAAAAUCAAAGUAAGCGCCGCGGCACAAUCCGACACGCCCCAAGAAGUCAACGCCACAAGGGAAGCCGUCGAUAACGACCGGAAGCUUUACCUGCAGGCCGCGAUCGUACGAAUCAUGAAAUCCCGCAAAGAACUCAGCCACACACAUCUCUUGCAAGAAGUCAUCGACCAAGCGAAAGCGAGGUUUGCACCGUCUGUGCCGGUUAUCAAGAAGUGUAUUGAGCAGUUGAUUGAGAAGCAGUAUAUUGACCGUGUACCAGAUACCCGAGAUCGAUACAUGUACAUAAGUUGAGAGCGGAAUGUCUUGCCAGUGUCCCGCUCAUUGGCACGGACAUCGCCGGAACCGUUUGAGCGUAUGCGUAACACUUUUCAUUCUGCAACGGGAUUGUAUGGGACGGCGCUUUUUCUCCCACAUAACGGCAAUUGCAUCUAAACGGCGUCGCGUCUCAUAUACUAGCAAAUGUGAUCUAAAUAUAAAGUGUGGAGCCGCAAUGUUGCAUCUACGUGAGGUUGUGGCUGGCCUACGUGCUACGGAUUUGGAAAUGUCAACUACUCUCCGAAAGGUCUCUCCCGCGAAGGCGGGCAGUAUGAGGGCGGGAGCAGUGCUGCUUUCAAGGGCCUGAGGUAGUCCCAAAGACUUCCAUGCUG